AUGCGUUUCUCUAUCGUCUUCACCACCCUCUCGGCCAUCGCCCUGGCCAGCGCUCAGAGCAGUGUCACCAUCGAGACUGUUGACAACCCUGCCACCCAGUACCUGACCCAGACAAACUCCCUUGGCGUGGUGACUGGUCAACCUCAAGCGGUCACUACCCAACCCGCCGUUGUUACCAGCCAGGCUGCCGCCGUGACCUCGCAGCAGCCCGCUGCCUCCAUCCCCGCUGGCCUGACCUCACCCGUUGCCGGUCCUGGCGCCACCCAAACCACUUUGUCCACUGCUUCUAGCCACGCUGGUACCGGUUCCUCUUCUACCGGCACCAAGACCACGGAGUCCAAGGCCACUGGUACCUCCACUAGCUCGUCCUCCGAAUCUUCAGAAUCCUCCGAAUCCUCCAAAUCCGAGUCUAGCUCUGCCUCUAGCUCGUCUGCUGCUGCUUCCAGCUCAGCCUCUACCGGUGGUGCUGCUAUUGCCACUGCUGGACCCAUCGGCCUCGGCAUGAUGGCCGGUGCUGCUCUUGUUGCUUUCCUGUAA